GAAGCCGCAGCGAGCAUGAACCAGCUGGGCUGCUGGCCAGAAAGGGGCCUGCGGAGGCAAGGCGGGGGGUGGGGGGUGGGGAUGGGGGGUGGGCAGUGGAAUCUUGGACGUGGGGGCCACUUCCUAGGCCCCAGGCAUCCAGAUGCCCCAGAGGCGAAGAAGACGUGGGAGUCCCCCCGUGUGAGGGCCAGAGACUGUCCACUAUCUGUAAGGCUCCUGUCUUUCAGGUGAACCUCAUGGCUGAGUAAGCCUCCCCUGGGCCCAGCACCCCACCCAGCAUGGUCCAGGACCUGGGGGGGGUGCUCCAGAGCACGGCUGCCGACCUGGUCUUUGGGGGCAGCCAUGACCCAGCCUCCACCCACCAAAGCACCAGCCAAGAAGCAUGUGCGACUGCAGGAGAGGCGAGGCUCCAAUGUGGCUUUGAUGCUGGAUGUGCGGUCCCUGGGAGCUGUAGAGCCCAUUUGCUCAGUGAACACACCCCGGGAGGUCACCCUACACUUUCUGCGCACAGCUGGACACCCCCUCACCCGCUGGGCCCUGCAGCACCAGCCACCCAGCCCCAAGCAGCUGGAAGAGGAAUUCCUGAAGAUCCCCUCAAACUUUGUCAACUCUGAAGACCUGGAUAUUCCUGGCCACGCCUCCAAGGACCGAUAUAAGACCAUCUUGCCAAAUCCCCAGAGCCGUGUCUGUCUAGGCCGGGCACAGAGCCAAGAAGACGGAGACUACAUCAACGCCAACUACAUCCGAGGCUACGACGGGCAGGAGAAGGUCUACAUUGCGACCCAGGGCCCCAUGCCCAACACCGUAUCAGACUUCUGGGAGAUGGUGUGGCAGGAAGAAGUGUCACUCAUUGUCAUGCUCACUCAGCUCCGAGAAGGCAAGGAGAAAUGUGUCCACUACUGGCCCACAGAAGAGGAAACCUAUGGACCCUUCCGGAUCCGCAUCCAAGGCACAAAAGAAUGUCCAGAAUACACUGUGCGGCAGCUCACCAUACAGCACCAGGAGGAGUGCCGGGUAGUGAAACAUGUCCUCUUCUCUGCCUGGCCUGAUCACCAGACCCCAGAAUCGGCUGGGCCUCUGCUGCGCCUGGUGGCCGAGGUGGAGGAAAGCCCAGAGACAGCUGCCAACACUGGGCCCAUCAUAGUCCACUGCAGUGCAGGGAUUGGCCGGACUGGCUGCUUCAUCGCCACCCGAAUUGGCUGUCAACAGCUGAAGGCCCGAGGGGAAGUGGACAUUCUGGGUAUCGUGUGCCAACUGCGGCUGGACAGGGGCGGGAUGAUCCAGACCACAGAGCAAUACCAGUUCCUGCACCACACCCUGGCCCUGUAUGCAGCCCAGCUACCGGAGGAGCCCUGCCCCUGACCGCCGGUACCUCCACCAGCCCAGGUGCCAGAUCCCCCCACGCCUGGGCAGGUGGUUCUGGGGAAAGUGGGCCUUGUGAUCUGAGGGAUCCCCUGGGCAGGCAUGGGGAAGGGGUGCUUCCUCAGCGGGCACAUGCGGUCACAGGAAGUUGCAUCGGCAAGAACUGGGACCAGACUCCAGGUCUUUACCACCGGCCACUCUUCUGCUUCCUCUAGUAGCCCCAAGUGGACACUUGGGGGAACCUCCCGUGUCUCUCUGAACUUCGAGCUAGGAACUGGCAUUUAUGAGACAGCCAAGAAAGGACCAGUGUCCCAGUCUUGUCUAAAGUGUUCUGUGAGCUUCAUCUCUUCCGUCUACGACAUGGGCAUUAAGUGCUUUGCUGCCAUAGGGAAAAGUAAUCAGAGAAGCUCCCAGAAGCCGCUCCAGCUGUAUCCCCUUCCUGGGCCUGGCAAGAGAGUGAUCCCAAGAUCAUCUUCCACCUGGGCCCUGCCCAAGAACUGGCCAGAUGCAGGAGCUGGGAAAAGUCUGGUCCUGACCAUGGCCAAGUUCUCAACAUCCCGGCAGUGACUUUCCGCUUCCUCACCCCACAUCUGUGAGGGCCGGAUACCCCCCAAAGAGAACAAGGACCCAGACUACCCCUGUGCCCACACCUGUGUCCUGGGAUCAGGCUACAGAGGUGACCAGGCCAGGCAUUUGAGACUUUUGGAAGAGGGAAAGUGUGGCGACCCCUCAGAGGCCCAGAGGGCUGCCCCGGCCUCCAUAAUUGCCAGCCACUCACCCCAGCUACUCCCGAGAGAGGCCCAGCAUCUUCUGUCUUCCUUUCAUGACCUCAGAAGGUACCCUGGGUACCAGGAGGUAUAAAAGAACGAACGGUGAGGAAGAAACAAGGAGCAAGAAACAAGAAACUCCUGCGCCCUGCCCCCAUCCACCCCUGCAUUUGCAGAGUACAGCUGGAGAGCCUGGCUGUUUCCAUGAACUAUCCGGGUGAAGCACCGCAUGCAGACCAGGGGCCUCAGCCUGGGACCGCAGAGUUGGGACCCUCAUAGCCUCUCCCAGAAAACUAACUCCUUUCGUCAUCUCGGCACCAAUACAAUUUCCAGGGCACCCAAGAUCUAUCUCAGGGCUCACAUACACUCCCCAGGAAGGCAUCCAGAUCCUUCGUCCUUGAAUCCAAAAUGAGCUGCCUGUGGGGAUGAAGAAAGGCACCAUCUCUCCGGGCACUCAGCCCCUGGGGUCUGCCUUGACUGAUGCCAGCUCUCUGUGGAACCCCCCCCCAGGAAGCUGGAUCCUGGCGAGCAGCUGGGCCUCCUUAUUCAUGACAUCGCUUCUGAAGCACGUGCAACGUUGAAACUGAGGUUAAUUUUCUUAACACCUCCGCUUGGUCUCACAAUGGAAUUCUUCCUUCCUUACAGCCCCAGGAAUGGCUCACCUGCUCCUAAACCCCCCUUUGGGAGGCACUCACAGCCUGUGCCUGUGAAGGAGGGCACAGAGCCCUCAAGUGCCUGAUCCUGCCCUGAGCUCAGACCCAACCGGGAGGGAAGCAGGUGCGUGGCCAUAGACCCACAGGCUCCCCACCCUAUAACUGUGGCCCCAACCCCAUUCUAGAACUUAGAGAGUACAAGCUCUGGAAAAGGAACCAAGUGGGAGAAUAAAAACCUUUUGGAUGACUGA